UGACCAACUAAAGCAAGCAUUGACGCAAUCAACGGUUGGACACUUAAAUCCACCAAACACAAUGACCAUCGAAAUGCCACCACCUAUAAAUCUUUGCUCUCAAAUUGUUCUCUAACUAGUUAGCAAGCCCACCCAAAAAUGGAGCUCAAGGAGUUUAGCCCUAGAAUCCGCCGUGGCAUAAACCCUACACUUGGGGAGCUUCUCAAGUGUGUUGAAGAUGCACAAAGCCCUGAUCAUGAUCAUCAUAUUCUUGAGUUAGGCUUUCCUUGCAGCUCUGUCCCUCGCUCCUCCUACCCUUUUGUCCUCUCCUUCACCAAUCUUACAUAUAGCGUCAAAGUCGGACGCAAAGUGAACUUAAUACCCUCGUGUUUCGGUGCUAAAUCCACUACGGCAGAGGUCAAAUUGGGAAGCAGCAACGCCAACGCCAACACCAAAGUUUUACUAAAUGGCAUCUCCGGGGAGGCUAGGGAAGGCGAGCUCAUGGCGGUUCUCGGGGCAAGUGGGUCCGGAAAAUCAACGCUGAUCGAUGCUUUAGCGGAUCGAAUCUCCAAGGACAGUUUGAAAGGCUCGAUCACAUUAAACGGAGAGGCCUUAGACUCAAGGCUCUUGAAAGUGAUAUCAGCUUAUGUCAUGCAAGACGAUCUUUUGUUCCCAAUGCUUACAGUUGAAGAGACUCUUAUGUUCUCAGCUGAAUUUAGGCUUCCUCGCAGCUUAUCAAAGUCCAAGAAGAAAGCUAGGGUUCAGGCUCUGAUCGACCAACUAGGCCUUCGAAACGCUGCCACUACUGUGAUCGGCGAUGAGGGCCACAGAGGCGUCUCUGGAGGCGAAAGAAGGAGAGUUUCUAUUGGAAUUGACAUAAUUCACGACCCCAUUGUUCUGUUUCUUGAUGAACCAACUUCAGGGCUUGACUCGACGAGUGCUUUCAUGGUGGUGAAGGUUUUGCAGAGAAUAGCUCAGAGUGGGAGCAUUGUGGUCAUGUCCAUUCACCAACCCAGUUAUAGGAUUUUGAGCUUGUUGGAUCGUUUAAUAUUUCUUUCUCAUGGACAGACUGUGUAUGGUGGCUCGCCGGCGAAUCUUCCGGUGUUUUUCGGGGAGGUUGGACAUGAAACCCCAGGCGGAACAAAGAGCUUGGUGGAAUUCAACAAGUCCUGGCAGCUCAACAAAAAUCAACAAAGACAAAAGGCAGAUCCAAACAGCUUGAUCAACUCUAUCACCAGGCCAAAGCUUUCCCUCAAGGAUGCAAUAAGUGCAAGCAUUUCAAGAGGCAAACUAGUUUCCGGUGCACCAAAUGACCCAAGCCUCUCCUCCUCAGUCCCCACAUUCGCCAACCCAUGUUGGAUUGAAAUAGCAGUCAUCUCCAAACGCUCCCUCACAAACUCAAGACGAAUGCCGGAGCUCUUCGGCAUUCGCCUAGGUGCAGUCCUCGUGACCGGGCUUAUUUUAGCCACUAUGUUUUGGAAGCUUGACAACUCUCCAAAAGGUGUCCAAGAGCGGUUGGGCUUUUUCGCCUUCGCCAUGUCCACCACGUUCUACACGUGCGCCGAGGCCAUCCCAAUCUUCCUCCAAGAACGCUACAUUUUCAUGAGAGAAACCGCCUACAACGCUUAUCGCCGAUCCUCUUACGUUCUUGCUCACUCUCUAAUCUCCAUUCCCUCCCUACUCUUCCUCUCCUUAGCCUUUGCCGCCACGACCUUUUGGGCCGUGGGCUUGGCUGGCGGUGUUCAUGGCUUCCUCUUCUUUUUCUUCACAAUUUGCUCAGCGUUUUGGGCCGGGAGUUCUUUCGUCACAUUCCUUUCGGGCAUUGUGACCCAUGUCAUGUUGGGCUACACAGUUGUGGUGGCCAUUUUGGCCUACUUCCUUCUCUUUAGCGGGUUCUUCAUAAGUAGAGAUAGAAUCCCACUCUAUUGGAUUUGGUUCCACUACAUUUCUCUAGUGAAGUACCCAUAUGAAGGUGUCUUGCAAAAUGAGUUUGAUGACCCCACCAAGUGCUUUGUGAGAGGGACCCAGAUGUUUGACAACACACCACUAGGAACCGUCCCCGUGGCAAUGAAGUUGGAGCUGCUCAAGAGCAUGAGCGCCACUUUGGGCGUCAACAUCACCGGCUCCACGUGCGUGACCACGGGAGCAGAUAUACUGAAGCAGCAGGGGAUAACUGAUCUCAGUAAAUGGAGUUGCUUGUGGAUCACCGUUGCCUGGGGGUUCUUCUUUAGGUUUCUGUUUUAUCUUACUUUGUUGUUGGGCAGCAAGAACAAGAGGAGGUAGUAAUUUGUGAGGUGAGGGCUGUCACAGUCAUGUAAUCUGUCUGAUUAUUAUUUGCUUUAUUAAUUUUCAGUGUAUAAUUGUAAGUUA